AGGUCCGAAGAGUUGCAUCAACGCAAGGUUUCACCUCCGGGCGCCCCGGCCACCACGACCCUGAGCCUGAUGCCCGGAGCGGACGUCGGCGCCGACGAGCAGCAGGAGUCGGCCGCCGCGAGGGCCGAGGAGAUGCCCGGGCCCGCCACCGCCGCGGCGCCGCCGCUCACCAUCUUCUAUGGCGGCAUGGUGGUGGUGUUCGAGGACUUCCCGGCGGAGAAGGCAGCCGAGGUCAUGCGCCUCGCGGGCGGCGACGACCUGCCCAUCGCCCGAAAGGCGUCGCUCCAGCGGUUCCUGGCCAAGCGCAAGGACCGGCUCAUCGAGCCCUACGCCCGCCCGUCGUCCCCCGCGGAGGAGCCGGAGAAGAAGACAGUCAAGACAGCCUUGGCCUUGGCCUCCUGGCUCGGGCUCGGCAGCACGGAGGCCAACCGCCUCACCAUCACGCUGUUCUGCGGUUCUGCCCACCCCGACGGGUGGGCCCCAUCUUCGAGACUCUGUCUCCUGCUGCAGCUCGCCCGCCGCCCCACUCCCAAGAUUUUCGCCGUGCUCGCUACCUGGUCUGCCCCGCCGUCUUCCCCCUGA